UCGGCGGCGGCCGGAGCGGGGAGCGGAGCCCGCACCGCAUCCCCGGGAACCGCAUCGGCAGCGACACCGGGCGGGGGAGAGCGGCGGGGAAACCGCCCCGGAACCGCCCCGAACCCCGGCGAAUUGUCUGGCUUGAGCCCAGCUCCGCAUCCCCGGCUCCGCAUCCCGGGUCUACAUCCCCGGUUUUAUCCCGGGUCUACAUCCCCGGCUCCAUCCCCGGUUUUACCCCGGGGCUCCAUCCCCGGCUCCAUCCCCGGUUUUAUCCCGGGGCUCCAUCCCCGGUUUUAUCCCGGGGCUCCAUCCCCGGCUCCAUCCCCGGUUUUACCCCGGGGCUCCAUCCCCGGCUCCAUCCCCGGCGCUGCGGGCUCAGCAUGGGCGGAGGAGCCCCGCGCCUGCACCGUUGGCUGCUGCUGCUGCUGCUGGGGCUGUGCAGCUGGACGGGCGCGCUGCGAGGAAAUGAGAACAGCGAGGCCCUGCCCGAGUCCAUGCCCUCGGCCCCGGGGACGCUGCCCCAUUUCCUGCAGGAGCCGGACGAUUCCUACAUCAUCAAGAGCAACCCCAUCGUGCUGCGCUGCAGGGCCGUGCCCGCCAUGCAGAUCUUCUUCAAGUGCAACGGGGAGUGGGUGCACCAGAACGAGCACGUGUCCCACGAGAGUCUGGACGAGGCCACAGGGCUGAAGGUGCGUGAGGUCUCCAUCAACGUGACGAGGCAGCAGGUGGAGGAUUUCCACGGCCCCGAGGAUUACUGGUGCCAGUGCGUGGCCUGGAGCCACCUGGGCACCUCCAAGAGCAGGAAGGCGUCCGUGCGCAUCGCCUAUCUCCGGAAGAACUUCGAGCAGGACCCCCAGGGCAAGGAGGUUCCCAUCGAGGGGAUGAUUGUCCUGCACUGCCGGCCCCCCGAGGGCGUCCCCGCCGCCGAGGUGGAGUGGCUGAAGAACGAGGAGCCCAUCGACUCCAACCUGGAUGAGAACAUCGACACCAGGGCCGACCACAACCUCAUCAUCCGCCAGGCGCGCCUGUCCGACUCGGGCAACUACACCUGCAUGGCUGCCAACAUCGUGGCCAAGAGGAGGAGCCUGUCGGCCACCGUGGUGGUCUAUGUGAACGGGGGCUGGUCCUCGUGGACGGAGUGGUCGAGCUGCAACACGCGCUGCGGGCGGGGCUGGCAGAAACGCUCGCGCACCUGCACCAACCCCGCGCCCCUCAACGGGGGAGCCUUCUGCGAGGGCAUGUCUGUGCAGAAAGUCACCUGCACGUCCCUCUGCCCCGUGGACGGCAGCUGGGAGGCGUGGAGCGAGUGGUCAGUGUGCAGCCCCGAGUGCGAGCACCUGCGCGUGCGGCAGUGCGCGGCCCCCGCGCCCCGCAACGGCGGCAAGCACUGCGAGGGGCUGGGCCAGGAGUCCGAGAACUGCACCGAGGGGCUCUGCAUCCAAGAUAAAAAACCUCUUCAUGAAAUAAAAUCCCAGAACGUGGAGCGUGGCGGGGACAUCGCGCUGUACUCGGGGCUGGCGGCGGCGGUGCUGGCGGUGGCCGUGCUGGCGCUGGGGGUGACCCUGUACCGGCGCAGUCAGAGUGAGUACGGCGUGGAUGUCAUUGAUUCCUCUGCACUCACGGGAGGCUUCCAGACUUUUAAUUUUAAAACAGUCAGACAAGGUAACUCGCUGCUGCUGAACUCGUCCCUGCAGCCCGAGCUGACGGUCAGCAGGACCUACAGCGGCCCCAUCUGCCUGCAGGACCCGCUGGACAAGGAGCUGAUGACGGAAUCGUCCCUGUUCAACCCCCUGGCCGACAUCAAGGUCAAGGUGCAGAGCUCCUUCAUGGUGUCCCUGGGCGAGUUCCAGGGCAAGGCCCCCGGCAGCUUCCCCCAGGGCACCCCCAGGCCCUUUGGGAGCAUGCAGGGCAGGAGCAAAGCCCUGUUCAUCCAGAGCCUGGCCUCCAUCUCCAGCAGCAGCCAGCUGAGGAGCACGGCGCUGUUCGGGCACCUGGGCGGCCGCCUGGUCAUCCCAAACACAGGGGUCAGUCUGUUGAUUCCACACGGAGCCAUUCCAGAGGAGAGCUCCUGGGAGAUCUACCUGGCCAUCACCCAGAAGGAGUCCAGCCUGGAGCCCGAGGGCCCCGAGGUGCUGCUGGGGCCCGAGGUGAGCUGCGGGCCCCCCGAGCUGGCGCCGAGCUCGCCGUGCGCCCUGAGCAUCCCGCACUGCGCCCACGCCGACCCCCAGCACUGGAGCAUCCACCUCAAGAGGAGGACACAGCAGGGCAAGUGGGAGGAAGUGAUGUCUGUGGAAGAGGAAACUACUUCUUGCUACUGCCUGUUGGAUCCUUAUGCCUGUCACAUUCUCUUAAACAGCUUUGGAACUUAUGCCCUAAUUGGGGAACCCCUCUCUGACUGCGCCGUUCGACAGCUGAAAGUCGCCGUUUUUGGCUGCCUGUCUUGCAAUUCUCUGGAUUACAAUCUGAGGGUUUAUUGUGUGGAUAACACCCCUUGUGCAUUCCAGGAAGUGGUUUCAGAUGAAAGACUCCAAGGGGGGCAAUUGCUGGAGGAACCCAAACUUUUGCAUUUCAAAGGCAACACGUGCAGCCUGCAGAUCUCAGUGCUGGACGUGCCCCCGUUCCUGUGGAGGAUCAAACCCUUCACUGCCUGCCAGGAGGUGCCGUUCUCCCGCGUGUGGCGCGGCAGCCCCCGGCCCCUGCUCGGCGCCUUCUCCCUGGAGCGCUUCAGCCCGGCCACCACCCAGCUGUGCUGCACCGUGAGUGUCCGGCAGCUGCAGGGCCACGAGCAGCUGCUGCACGUCCAGACCUCCGUCCUAGAGGCUGAGAGAGAAAACAUCACCUUCUUUGCCCACGAGGACAGCGCCUUCCCCGCCCAGCUGGGCCCCAAGGCGUUCAAGAUCCCGCGCUCCAUCCGGCAGCGCAUCUGCGCCACCUUCGACUCGCCCGGCGCCAAGGGCAAGGACUGGCAGAUGCUGGCCCAGAAAAACAGCAUCAGCAGGAACCUGUCGUUCUUCGCCGCGCAGAGCAGCCCCUCCGCCGUCAUCCUGGACCUGUGGGAGGCGCGGCACCAGCACGACGGGGACCUGGACUCGCUGGCCUGCGCCCUGGAGGAGAUUGGAAGGACACACUGCCAGCUCCCCGACGUGGCAGAGCCCGAGCUCGAGGAGCCCUGCAGCAGGAACGGGCUUUAGUGCCUCUGUGCCAGCAGGACACGCGGCCAGCCCAGCCCCGAGCUGGGCACAGGGACAGGACAGGACAGGGACAGGAGGGUCUGUGCCCUUGGGCAUGGAACUCACCCCAUCAGCGAGGAGCAGAAGCAGCCCUGCUAAAAACCCUCUGGAGAUGAGGAAAAGCUUCUGGCUCACUUCAAACCCAGCUGGUGGUGGCCCAGACCAGCCUGCACUGUGUCAGUCCCCUGGGCAGCAGGGACACGGACACAGAGCCACGGCAGGUAAAUGUCGUCGUGUGUUUAGGAGCAGUCGUGUCCGUGUGAUGCCUAGUGAAAAUCAACCAGUAGUGUUGGAUAUUUCGAGCCACCGGGGGUUGGUCCUGGUUAAGAGUGGUUUAAAAUCCCCAUCACGUUGUCACUUUAUGUCUGCUGCAGGAAAACUGAAAAUUUGGCCUUAUCCUGUUCAGAUGUUGGAGGAAUUAGAAGAUCUCAUCAUUAUUUCAUAUCGUGCGUGUUCCAAAUAAUUUGUUUUAAAAAAUUCAGCCCCUUAAUGAAUGUACAUUUGCUGCAGAGCUUUGCUGCCUGCUCUGUUACCAAAAUUCCAGAACAAACCCCUUCUCUCUGAGGCAGGGGGGUGUGCACACGCAAGAGGAAUUUUCUAAUUUUCUACGUCUGCAAACUUUCUUAGUCAAAACCUGUCUUUGGGGGUGGAUUUAAAUAACCAAAUAACACACGGGAAAUUGCCAGCCCUGUUUUAGCAAGCUGAGAUAUUUAUUUUUAUUACUUCAUGCUCUGUGGCUGAGCUGAAGGUGGAGGCAACCAGCACAGCUUCAUUUGGGUUUGGUUUCAGACUGGAACCACAAACCCCCCACGGCACUGCCAGCACUGGCCUGGAUUUCGUUGCACAAUUUGGGAAUUUCAGAGGAAUUUCAGAGAAUCCAGAGCUGGCUGUGUUCCCUUGCUUUAGUUACAAAUUGUAUUCACCCCAAAAUCAGAAUCCAACUGGAGAAUUCGCCUCGUUUUUUAUCCAUUCCAUCCAAAUAUGAUUUAUGACCUCAACCAAACCAAGAAGAGCUGUCACUGUGGGUGAGACCUGGUGGGGCUGGCACUGUCACCAUUGUUUUGUCACCAUUAUUUUGUCACCAUUAUUUUGUCCAUUCUUUUCACUCCCAUCCCUUACCACAGCUGAGGUGCUCCUCAGUCCUGGCUGAGGCAGGAGAAACAGGAACAGAAAUGAGGCUUUGGGAGCUUUAAAAUGCAGAACGAGGAUUUGGGGGCUGGUUCAGCCUCGUAUUUGGCUGCGAGCAGCAGGACAACCCCCAGGGCAGGUCCAGUCUGGAAUUAUUCCUUCACCAGGACUGCAGUGUGAAAAUCUGAAUAACAACAGCAGCAACAGCUCUGUCCUUGCUCCUGCUGCUCUGAAAUCACCAAAGUCACCGCCUGCCCAGCUCAGGAGCAGGCUGAGCCUUGGAAAUCCUGCGAGCUGCCAACAUUUCCUGCAGCUCAGCAGCUCCUGCAGCCUGGCAGGUUUGGGGCAGACAGAAACGCCGGCUGCAAGCUGUCACUGCCUCCAGCAGCACAUGCUCCUCGUGGGGCUGGCAUUGUGUCUCCAGUGGCUGCCAGCCCUCCUCCUCAGAAACCUGCUCUGCGUUGGGCAGAAUGUCAGGCGUCAGAAAAAACAAAACAGGGGAUGGCAGCCAGGGAAAGCGGAGCUGCCGUUGUCGGGGAAACCAGCCCGGUGUGUGCAGCAGGGAAUUUGUGCUGAGAGCCUUGAAAAGAUCCAGCAGCCUGGGCUGGUGUCCCUCAGGCCUGCCCAGGGCUGCAGGGCCAUUCCCA